UCUCUCUCACACACACUCACUCACUCACUCACUCAGUCCACCGAGUCGCAGCGAUGGGAGGCAUCUGAUGGCUCCGACGACUUUGAAUAGAAAAGCCACAGCCGAAUGACAUUGAAAUAGAAACACAUUGAACUGAAGACAAAAGGAGAAACAUCAAGCAGGCUUAUUCCAAUGGGAAUAUUUUUUUCUUCUUCUUAAUUUGACCCUUUUUUCUGACAUUACAUUUUUAUUUUUAUUUUUUUAUUUUUUUUUAGGAAAGUAAAGUGUACCGAGUGAACCCUGGCACAGGAGCACGCCUCCGUCCUUUUAUCGAUCUUUGGACCUGUGACCACCGACGAGGAAGAGAAACCCUAACCCUUCAGCUUCAUGGGUUGACAGCCUCCGGCUCCGUUUGACUUUGACGAUGAGUCAUCCUCUUCAUUGAAUUAGAGAGUGGCAGCGUGGCAGAUCAUCGAUCAAGAGACGGCGGAUUGGCCUAACUCGCAGAGGAAGGGACUCAUUCCUCUGCCCCACGUCGUCCACCGAGCGACCUUGCCUUUCCGGAACAACCAACAGAGACUAUGCAGCUGGGACUGCUGGCGCUGACGAUGGUCUUCCUCAGUUCCAUGGGUGACAGUGAUGUCACCAAACCUUUCAAGGCCAGAAGGCAGAGACGGGUGAGCGGCGAGGUUCUGCCAUCCUGCCCGAAAGGCUGCGAGCGCUGCUCCGAAUACAACGGCUGCCUGAAAUGCAAAGCCAAGCUCUUCAUCUACUUUGUGCGCAGCAACAUCAGCCAAGUGGGCGUGUGCCUGGCCUCCUGCCCCACCGGAUACUUUGGCAUGAGGAUCCAGGGAGGCAACAACAGAUGUUCCCAAUGCGAACCCGACUGCGACAUGUGUUUCGAACGCAAGUUUUGCAUUAAAUGCAAGGAGGGUUUGUAUGUGAACAGCGGCAAAUGUUCCGUCAGCUGCCCUUCAGGCCUGCACCCGGCCAACGACACCAUGGAGUGUGUGGAGUGCGAGCUGUCUGAGUGGAGCCAAUGGGGUUCGUGCGUCAAGAGAAACAAAACGUGCGGAUUCCGAAAAGGGACUCAGUCCCGGGUCCGACUCCCGCUGCGGCCCCCCCGCACGCGAGGCACCCCCUCGGCCGCCGGGCCCUCCCAGACGUGCCCUCCGCAGACCGACAGGAGGAAAUGCGUCGUGCCCAAGACACCUUGCCCGAGAGAGAACAGGACCAAGGGGGGCCGGCCGGUGAACGGACCCGGUGGAGGCGGCGGCGGCGGCGGGAGGAGGCGGAAAGGCCAAAGCAGGACCACCGUCGUUCCCAGCGAGGCGACCAGCUCCGUAACUUAAAGCGGGAAGGAUUCCUGCAAGAAAAGCCUCCCGAGAUGACGCUGCAGCUGAGCCGACAUCUUGAUGAGAAAACAUUGCGUAGGGCCGCUUCGACAUGCUGACUCUGCAGCUUUUCCCAGUCAUGCAAGGAGUCCGAUGAUGGGAAAUCUGCUCCCGGUUUGCAUCGUCGGAGGUGAUGGACGGACGGACGGACGGAUUGAUGCCCUGGAGUGCGUGCGUGCGUUUUUUUUGCGACUGGAGCAAAAAGGCAGCACAAGUCGCUGCUAAUCAAUACUGCUUUGUUUGCAACAGGGUUCUGAUGUUUUUGCACAGUCGUGACUUUUUGACGUAAGCAUUACUAUGUGACCACGUCCUCAUGCUUCUACUUUACGGGAACACACAUAAAGGUUUUUGUUUGGAGGCUCUUGUUUUGUUCACAUUCAAAGUCCAAAUAAAAGAAGGAAGCUCGUUUCACUU